CGCCCACACUCGACCCCCUGCCUGAAGUGAAAUCACAAUGAAUGGAAUAGAGCCAUUGGAUUGUUAAUACCAAUCAAUUGCUUCAUAUACAGAAAUCCCAAUUCCUCCCUCCCUUAAUUGCCAUUUUCCCUAUCUCUUCUCCUGCUCUCACACAUUCACAAUGCCUCCAAGAAUAGCCAACCCUCAACGCCUUUCCUCCUCCCUUGCCACUCACAUAUCCUCAUCUAAGUCCUCUCUUCCAUCUAUUUCACCUGCCUCCACAUCUUCGCCAUCGGCAUCCUCCCUCUCUCCCUUCACAUGCACAUCAUGCUCCCUGCGUUCUUCCUCCCGCCAGUCCCAACGCACAUUCAGCUCCACAGCUCCGCCCGGGACAAAACUGCGCCGUGACAUGUUUUCAUGGCUCAAUGGCCCCGGCGCGGCCUUCAAGCACCCACUUCCUGGCAGCCCGAACUACCUUACCGCAUAUGACCGGCAGGGUAGGCUCCUUCAAGCACUAGAUGCGGAAGGCGAAGAAGGCUCGAACGACGGGCAGAAGCCCGAGGGUUCUUCUGCGGAGGCUGGUGAUGGCAUAGUUCCUCGCGAAUCUCGAGAGCCUCUGAAGCCCUUCCCGCUUAACCCACACUUUGUCAGUCAGAGCGUUUUGAGUGAGGAGUUGCGGAAUGAGAUUUACGAACAGGUCAAGGUUAGAGGGAAGAGUGUGCGGGCAGUGAGUGUUUUGUUUGGUGUGGAUAUGAGACGAGUUGCGGCAGUGGUGAGAUUGGUGGAACUGGAAAAGAAGAUGAUCAAAGAGAAAAAACCUACAGCUUUACCAUACGCGCGCGCUGUGCUUGAUAUGGUCCCAACAACACCCUUGGUUAAACCGCCCCACAAGCCAGUAGCCCAUGAACCCAUCAAUGAUCUUCCUGUCCACCGUCUUACGGAAGCCCAAAUCUUCUACCCGGUUUCAGAAUCUCGUCAGUUCACCCGACUAGACGCAGGCAGAGUGUUCUCUGCCGCUCCAGCUCUAUCACGAUCCGAAGAAGGAAAGCCAUUCAACACACCAGAAGCCAUUGCCAAAAUAACGCAACGCCCUGAUAGAAUCGAACGGGUGGGCAAAGGCCCCAACGCGGAACAAGUCCUUCAGCCCGCUGAUGUCCGUAUCCCCCACCCUCAUCUUGUAGCCUUCGAACACGAUCAUAUCACAUAUAGCGGUGAAGCGACCCUGCGCAACCAAAGAUUCUUUGAACGCCUUGAGGCUGAAGAAGCUGCUGCGGCCGAGGCCAAGGAGAUUAAAAAGAAAAAGGAAGAGUCGUUAACCCACCGUAUUCAACCUGCCGAAAGCCGAUUUGAGUUCCGCUUCCGCGACGUCGUCGUGAGUCGGGAAAAAAUUGGGACUGACGGCCGUGGAGCGGAUGCACCAGGUCAGAGAUACGGUGUACCGAGCUAUGAAAGGAAGAGAGGUAUGGUUAAGAUUCCGACAAAGGUGGAAGUUUAAUGCACAUAGAGUGUGCAUUCAUCCCUUUGUUAUGUAUAUUAGAUACCUACUUACCGUUUUUGGUUGGUAUUGCAUAAUGUCCUGUUGCAUGUUUGUGAAAUGUACUAUAUUACAUAUAUCCAGCGAGCAGAGCCCAACUAUAUAAGGAUUGUUGAGUUUCUAAAUGGAGUAAUGUCAACAGCAAUGCAUAUUAAACAAAUGUAUGGAGUACAUAAAUAUGA